UCCUCAUCGAUAGUUAUUAUCAACCUAUCACGCCUCAUCAACCAGUCUUUCUUUCAAAUUUCUAGGGUUUCGGUUCCUCAAUCGAUUUCUACAAAAAGCUCUAAAUCCAUUUUUUCUUUAAAAAUGGCGACGCAAGGUGGAAGUAUAGUUCAGGGAGGAAUUGACCCAGCAGUAUUAGACGACAUUAUUAGACGCCUUUUGGAGGUUCGCCUUGCUCGUCCGGGCAAACAGGUGCAAUUAUCGGAGACGGAGAUCCGUCAGCUUUGCGUUGCUGCUCGUGAAAUCUUCCUUCAGCAACCUAAUCUUCUCGAACUUCAAGCACCCAUCAAGAUUUGCGGUGAUAUUCAUGGGCAGUACAGCGAUUUGUUAAGGCUUUUUGAGUAUGGUGGUUUCCCCCCUCAAGCAAAUUAUCUAUUUCUGGGGGACUAUGUUGAUCGUGGCAGACAAAGUGUUGAGACAAUAUGUCUUCUUCUUGCCUACAAGAUAAAGUAUCCCGAGAACUUUUUCCUUCUUAGAGGAAAUCAUGAGUGUGCUUCCAUUAAUCGGAUAUAUGGAUUUUAUGAUGAAUGCAAGAGACGGUUUAAUGUUAGACUUUGGAAGACCUUUACAGAUUGCUUCAAUUGUCUUCCUGUUUCUGCUUUAAUAGAUGAUAAAAUAUUGUGUAUGCAUGGUGGACUUUCUCCAGACCUUCAGAACAUGGACCAAAUUAGAAGCUUACCUCGCCCUACCGCUGUACCUGAUACCGGCCUGCUUUGUGAUCUGCUCUGGGCAGAUCCUGGUCAUGAUGAUAAGGGAUGGGCGAUGAAUGAUAGAGGGGUAUCUUACACUUUUGGUGACGAUAAGGUGUCAGAAUUCUUGACGAAGCAUGAUUUGGACCUGGUCUGCCGUGCACAUCAGGUGGUAGAGGAUGGUUAUGAAUUUUUUGCGGAUAGGCAGCUGGUUACUAUAUUCUCUGCCCCUAACUACUGUGGUGAAUUUGAUAAUGCUGGAGCAAUGAUGAGUGUCGAUGAGAACCUGAUGUGCUCGUUUCAGAUUCUCAAGCCAGCAGAGAAGAAAAAUAAAUUUUUGAUGUCGACAAAAAUGUGAUUUCUGCAUAAUUAUGGAACCUUUGGUCUGAGAAGAUAGUUGAUGGGAGAAAUUACAUGAAGACUGAAGUAAUAGACUUGGUGGUUAUCAAGUAGAAGCAAGCUGCAAAUUGGCAGUUUGAUAUCGCUGUGCAACGAGUUUAGUUAGAGAAGUAUGCAGUGGAUUUUAUUCUUGUUUGCAAUGUCAUAGUGGUUAGGUCUUGUUCUGAAAUUUCAAAAUAUAUCAGUAUUGGUUGUUUGAGACUGACUUAAACAGCCGCUAUGAUUUUGUAUACACUAAUGGAAUUGUAGAAAAAUCUAUGUAUAAGCUUCCUUUGCAAUUGAGCAUCUGCCACAUCUACUUGGAUACAA